UAAUGAAGACUUCAUGCAAGUUUUUAGGCAUGAAGAAAUCGGCGUCAACGUUGUCAAUACAUAUAUUAGGUUUUUGUAUGACAAAUUGAUGCGCCCCAAUGGUUUGGACGUGUCAUUCGGAUUCUUAGCACCCGCGACCGUCAACUUAGUUUUAAUCUUAAAUAGACCGGAUACCGUGACGGAGUACGUUCUUCGGAUCCUCAUGGACAAUAAAGAUGCGGAGAAGUUGUUUUUUAUACCGUUUAAUACCGGUGGACAUUGGUUGUUGCUCGCAAUCAAUCCUAUCCGAGAAAUUGUGUAUUAUCUUGACUCGUUAGGAAAUGAUUGGACAACAUACCCGGAUAUGAAGGUCCUAAUUGACACCGUCCUACAAGCUUUUCGGGCCCAACGAGUUAUCCAAACCUCAAGGAGGGGUCAUCCACCUCCAUUUUGCAUCUACCAACAACAAACACACAGUACAUCGGAAGCAAGAGACAAUAUUGAUCCAUCAGGACCAUCUCCAGCUCCAACUGUUUCUCUAGUUGCGUCACCUGAACACGAUCAUCCAAUAGGAUUACAAAAAGGUAUUGGGUCUCAUCAUCCUAAUCCUAAAUAUGCUUAUGUUUUAAAUUAUGGUUGUUUCUCUACUUCCUAUGUUUCUUUUGUUUCUGCUUUGGAUUAUGUGUCUAUUCCUAAGUCUAUUGGUGCAACUAUGAAUGGUCCCAAGGGGCGUCAGGAUAUGGUGGAAUAA